UACUAUUUACUUUACUCUUUGACAUAUAUUUGUGAUGUGAGUAAAAAUCACUACCUACGUUUCAAAACGAAGUUAUCCAAUCAAUUAUCUUUAUGGAAUAAUAAAUUCUGUGAUCUGUGAUCGAAUAAUUUCUUUUUGUAACCCAUUUUAUUAAAGUUUUUGGCAGAAGUGUACGGGAAUCAAAAUGGGCAAAGGAUUUAAUAAUUACAUGUGUAAAAAAUUCUUCCAUCCUGCAUCUAGGGAUAAUCUGAAAAGGGUAUGGAUGGCAGAGCAAAAAACAGACGCAUAUAAAAAGAAGCAAGAAGAAUUAAGAGUGCAAUAUGAAAAAGAACAAGAAUUACAUGAAAAUAAAGCUUUAUUGAGUAAGGAGAGUAAAGAUAAACUAAGCUUAAAUUUUAUGUAUGAGCCUCCACCAGGUGUUAAAAAAGAACGUGAACGUGAAGACAAUGAACCUGAAUAUAAAUUUGAGUGGCAACGAAAAUACAAUGCGCCAAGAGAAAGUUACUGUAAAGGUGAUAAUGAAAUCAGAGACCAGCCAUUUGGCAUACUUGUGCGAAAUGUUAGAUGCAUAAAAUGUCAUAAAUGGGGUCAUAUUAAUACAGACAAAGAAUGCUCUAUGUAUUCGUUAUCUAUGAGUGAAGCAAGAGCUUUGCAAGCCUCAUCAUCAGCCCCGGAAGAAGAAGACACCAAGCCUGAUGUGCCUACCCUUAUGCAGCAGAUGCGUGAUACUGGACUUGUAAUGAAGCCUGGAGCUAUGCCAUUGGCUGCCAACAAAAUAGAGGAAAAUGACACUUCCAACCUCACAGAACUUGACUUAAUCAGUCAAUUAACAAAGAAACAGAAAAAGAAAUUAUUAAAAAAACUUGAGAAACUCGAAAAGAAGAAAGACAAGAAACAUAAAUCAAAACACUAAACAGUGUAUAAUUCUACAUAAAUUGUGAUCUCCACGAUUCUUUCUUGUUGCUGUCUAGAUGGAUAAUAUACACAAAUUUUUGAAGACAUUGCAAUUGAAAACCAAGAUCCCAC